GGAAAUUUUACUCGAGUCGCGGAAGUCAGAAGCUGACUGUUCUGUCUGUGUAGGACUCGGCUUUCAACAUGCCUAGGGAUUCUUUUUUUGAGGUAGAGCGGUUGAUGAAUAAGCGAAAAUAUCGAAACAAUCGCGUAGAAUAUUUGGUGAGAUGGAAAGGUUAUUCAAAGAAAUACGACACAUGGGAGCCAUUAUCGAAUCUUCAAUCAUGCAUGGACUUGAUUCAAGAUUUCAAUGCAGUGAAACGACGUACCAGACCAUCAUCAACUCUAAUUUCUUCAAAAGAACCGUCGUCAUCGCAGCCACAGGAAAGAAGAUUACAACAGGCAAACGGUUCGUCGCAAUCCAGGCCUAGGCGGACAAUAAGAAAACCAAUAAGAGCUCUUGACUCACCACCAAAAGCAGCAAGCGAUAGAUCCAACUCUUCAAGACGAAGCAAUGCGAGCAAUAGCAGUAGAUCGUCAGUUGUGCCAAGGAAACGACCAAAUACUCGAGAAUCUGCUACACUUCUGCCCAAAAGAACCCGUCUCAUCCGGAGUCUUCGGCAACGACGUGGUCGAUCAUCUUCACCUGCGCCGACAAGACGAUAUAUCAGACGUCCUCAAGAUGUCCAAGUCAGUUUGACGCCGAUGUCGUCAAAAGCUUUGAGUAAUUUCUUAGAUACACAAAAACGAGGGAAUUUUGGAACACGUAAUGGAAUUUGCACCAGUCCCCCUUCAACAGACCACGAAUACAUCAAGCCUCGGCAUCAAACGUUUGAAUAUUCUUGGCGUAAAAGCCGUGACGUCAGCCCAUCAUCAAGCGGAAGCGAAGACUCGAAAUCUGAAGGUGACGUCAUAAUUGAUACAAAAUGCGCCGAAGUUCCUCGCAGCGCUGAAAGCAAAUCUAAAGCUACAGGCUUCACUUUGAAGCCAAAUUCUGUUAAAUAUGAAGAUAUAUUGGAUAGGAAAUUCUCUUUAAGAGGAAGCCUUUCCAAACACGAGAACGUUCAAAUAUUGAAGCGAGGACAUUGUACUGAGAUUGUAUUGACAAACGAAGCAAAGAAAAAUACGGUCACUCCAGAGAUUUUGGACGAGAUGACACGAUUACUGGAUUCAGUUGCGGCGAAUCCUCGUUCUUCUUUGGUCUUGUUCAGUUCUGUCGGCGAUUACUUUUGUACUGGGUUUGAUUUAAAAUAUCUUACUGAUAGAAUCAACACCAAUGCCAAUGUCUUGGAAUUAAUUAAACACUGUGCUGCAUCUAUAAGAAAUUUUGUAAACUGCCUGAUCGACUUUCCUAAGCCGAUAUCGGCGUCAGUUCAAGGCCCAGCAAUUGGUCUGGGAUGUUCUAUAUUGCCUCAUUUUGACACUGUGUAUGCUUCUGAACGCGCAUAUUUUGUAACCCCAUAUACGGAAAUGGGACAGACCCCGGAAGCGUGUUCAUCUUAUAUCUUCCCGAGGAUGUUAGGCCAUUCUUUGGCGAAUAAUAUGCUUCUUAAUGGAGUAACUUUGACGGCGAAAGAGGCGAAAGCCGCAGGAUUGGUUUCUGAAGUCUACACUCAUGACCAUUUAGGGAGAAACGUACUACCUAUGUUGAAACACAUGACGACAAAGUCUCGAGACGCGAUGAUGACGACGAAAGAACUUAUUCGAAAUUCACAAAGAUCGAGACUGAAGCACGUCAAUCAGUGCGAAUACAUUGCUUUAAAAGAAAGAUGGAUGGACCCCGAAACUGUGAAAUAUAUUAUGAGGUAUAUAGCUAGGCAGGAGAACAAGUAAAACGUGGGCUGACAACGGUAUUUAUCAGCUCCAUAGACGGUGAGCGUCUUGAAUUCUUUAGCUGCUGCUAUUUAUUUUACAAGACUGGAUACAACAAAUGCGAUAGCUAGACGGAUAGAGCAUACUACAUUCGCCCGCUGUAUAUCUGCCAAGCCUGUGGAUUUCUUCCAAUAUCUCGAGAAAAACUGGUCUAAACUUGAAAGUAUAUCCCACCAUUCUGACUUUAACUGAUACUCCCGAAGUAUGUGGACCAAGAUGGCGGACACCGGAACGUAGUAUGUCUACCAGGUUAGGGUUAGGCCAUAAUUUCAUUCCAAUUUUAGUAAUUUU